CACACUCAAGGUCUUGGUCACUGCUCAGACAUUAUAAGAGCUAGCGGCAAUCCGUCUCAGAUCGAGAAGAAAAACAGGAAGACAACGCACCUAGCAAUAUCCAUUCCACUGUACAAACACCGUUCUUUCAACAGUAACCCGAAUCUCGCACUUUCAAAUCCAGAUCAAAAUGCCAAAUCCCAUGAGCAAGUCCGAUAGCUCGCGGAUUCAGUCCAGCCAGGCCAAAGGCGGGGGUGACAUGAGCUCGGGUGGUUUCGCAGCACGGGCCCAAGCCGCCGGCGACCGACAUGCUAGCUCAGCGAGCACCAGCCCCGGCGCAGCAUACUCAUCUUCUGGUUCAUCCCAGCAAGGAACCGCCGGCUCGGGUGGCGGAUCUCAGCAGUCGGGUGCUGCAAAGAGAUGAAAAGUUGCAGCGAAGAGUGGAGGCGGGGUUCCCAGAUUGUAGCACAUCGUCAUAUUUCAUGCUGUCGUAAUCAGAUGCUUAGUGGCUAUUUCGACGAAAGUCGAGACCAUGUAUGAAAAUUGAUCCCGUUAGCGGCCAGAUUGUGCUAGAAGCCCAUGCCAUUCUCUAGUCAUUUUGACCAAAAAUGUUGAUUUAGCAGUGUAGAAGACCCGAGUUACC